GUGGGCCUUGGAGGACCCCGGCGACAGCCGUGGCGCGUAGAGGGGGGUGAGCGCGGCGGCGGUGGCGGCGGCGCGGGUGUGUGUGGAGAUCGCCUGCAUCUGGUCUGCGGAACAAUAAUACUUCGGCGGUCAUCGCUGCUCCACUGGUUGUUGUGCAACCGGCGCCAUGUCUGUGAGCGAGAUCUUCGUGGAGCUGCAGGGCUUUCUGGCUGCGGAACAGGACAUCCGAGAGGAAAUCCGAAAAGUUGUACAGAGCUUAGAGCAAACAGCUCGAGAGAUAUUAACUCUGCUGCAAGGGGUCCACCAGGGAGCUGGAUUUCAGGACAUUCCAAAGAGGUGUUUGAAAGCACGAGAACAUUUUGGUACAGUAAAAACACAUCUAACGUCUCUGAAGACCAAGUUCCCUGCUGAACAGUAUUACAGGUUUCACGAGCACUGGAGGUUCGUGCUGCAGCGCUUGGUCUUCCUGGCAGCAUUUGUUGUGUAUUUGGAAACAGAAACACUAGUUACUCGAGAAGCGGUUACAGAAAUUCUUGGCAUUGAGCCAGAUCGGGAGAAAGGAUUUCAUCUGGAUGUUGAAGAUUAUCUCUCAGGAGUUUUAAUUCUCGCUAGUGAAUUGUCAAGGCUGUCUGUCAACAGUGUGACUGCUGGAGAUUACUCCCGGCCCCUGCACAUCUCCACUUUCAUCAAUGAGCUGGAUUCUGGGUUCCGUCUUCUCAACCUGAAAAAUGACUCGCUGAGGAAGCGCUAUGAUGGCUUGAAGUAUGAUGUGAAGAAAGUAGAGGAGGUGGUCUAUGACCUCUCCAUUCGGGGCUUCAACAAGGAGACAGCAGCUGCCUGUGCUGAAAAAUAAGAGGUUUUCCCUGCUUCGGGCCUUGCUGAUCUGGCUGUUGCCAGGGAGGAGUGUGCACAGAGUGCCUCUCACUGUAGUUAGGAUGCCCAGUUGCUAAACACUGCGCUUUAUUUUCUUAACUAGUUGUGUGGUGUGAGUAUCAGAAUUGAAGAUAUUCUUGGGGGUUAAACCAACCUUUACAUGGACAGAAUUUUCUUUGUCAUUUUAGUGGAUUUGCUCUGUAAUUUGUUGUAUUUCAGUUUUGUUAAAACUGUCAAUGUCAGUCUCUUGGUAAAAUCCUUUUCUUAUUCUGACUGUUGAUGUUCUGAUUAAGAAGUUCAUUGUCUUGUUUGUGAUUCUUCCAGAGGUGACCCUUGAUAUUUUCUAUAUCCAAGUUAGCCAUCAUUUUCAGGCAUAACCUGGGGAUAGUAUGAAAGUAGAAUAUUAAAAAGGAUGGUUGACAAACAAGAAAACUUUUUCUUCCUUUCUGUAAGCCUUGUGAGUAAAUCAAGUGUUGAAUUUUUGCCGAGGAAAUUUCUGCCUGUAUUCUUUUCUCACUGCCAUCAAAAUGUAAAAGAUUAAACAGCAAAGUCAAGCUCAGCAGGUUAUUUUGGAAAGUUUUUGUAUUGGCUUUUAGUAGUGUCUUAACACAUUUGUUUUGCCAUGCAGGAAAUAGGGCUUAGUGUUUUAAAAUACCCUGCUUUCUGAUUGAUGUUGCCUUAACAUUCUGCUAUUUCAGCCAUUAAAAAUAGUCUUCGUACACA